AUGUUAACGAACAAUUAAUAUCCCUAACUUCCUGUUCAAUCUGUUUUGUACUAAUAAUAGACGUAAACAAAUUAGAGGCUGCCUCCUUAGCAAUUUUAAUCACCCAUCUAAAUGAAGAUGAUAUCACCGUAACCUUCAAUGGUAUAUUAAUAACAGGCAGCAUAGAGUUAGAUGUAUACAUAAUCAAAUCAACAUAUAAAAACUAUCUAAUAACACCACAUGUAUAUUAACAAUAAAUUUAAAUAGGCAUCACACUCAUGAAUAUAAAAUACCUUAAUAUCAACAACCAAUAGUUGCACCUCCAUAAUAAACUAUAAUUGCUCAACCUCAAUAACCUAUUGUUGCUGCUCCUCCUCCUCCUUAGUAACCUGAAAUUAAUGAGAUGUAUCAUGUUGAAAGAGAAUUGCAAGUCCUCUCUGUUGAAGAUGUUGAAGAGCCAUGGAAAAAGAAAUGCGUUGAAUUAGAAAUAAAAAUAUUCGAUUUGCAAACGGAAUUAGCCAGAUAUAAGAAUUAAGGAUAAGAAUUGAAGGUGACCUCAAAUGAAGAAUUUUAAGUUAGAGAAUUGGAAGCAAAAAUCAAAAUGAUGAAGGACAUCGAAGAUGGCUUGAGAAAAGAAAUAGAAAGUCAAUAAAGUGAAAUCGACUCUUGGAGAUAGAGAUAUUCAAAAUUGCAAUUAGAGUUUCAACAAUUACUUUAAGGAGGGGAAGAAGUCAGAUAAUUAAGAGAUGCUUUAGCAGAAAAAGAAAGGUAAAUCUUGAAAUUGGAAAAUGCAUUAAAUUCGUAAAAUGUGGAAAUGCAAAAUUACAUGAGAUUAAUUUAGUAAGUUUUUCAAGCUAUAUAUUAGGAAUAAAGAUUAAGAAAUUGCAUAAUAUAAAUAGAUGAUUCGUCAAUUAGAACAAGAAAUGAGUGAAUUUCAAUAAACCACAGAGAAAAUGAAAUAUUAUUCCAACGAGGCAGAUAUUUGGAAAGAAAGAUUCAUGAAAGCAAAUUAAGAUUUUCAUACUGCUUAAGAGUAAUGGAUGAUGGCAUAAGCUGAAUUGGAUUCUUUGAAAAAAUAAAAAACCAUUACUACAACUGAAAAAACUACCACUGUUUAAUAAACGAAUACAAGAGCUAGUAGAACUGGUGGUCGUUAAUAUUGA